CGCUACCGCAGCGCAACUUUCGAUGCACAGCCGCCCUUUUACGUUCGCAGCAGUCCAACCUCACAAUGGCGUCCCCAUCCACAUGCCGCCUACUGCGGCCAAACCUGUUUUCUUCGCACACUGAUGCCGUCCAUUCGUUCCUGGUCCCGUCGCUGCGACGCGCGCGGUUCUCGACAUCGUCGAUGCUGCAGAAAAAAGACAACAACAGCAACCGCGGCGUGUCAGCUGUCAGACAAACCGGCCUGCGCCCCCGACAGACGCUCUCCGUCAAACACAAGGAUUUUGCAAACCAGCAGUUGCCGACACCCGUGAAGAUCGAGGAGAAGCCAACAGGGACACAGGACCACGGGCUGUGGGAUUUCUUCAAGGACCAGAACCUGCUUUCCACGCCCACAGAGCUCUUACAGCAUGGCCGGGAAUGGACCAUGGGAGAGCUGCGAAGCAAGGACUGGGACUCGUUGCACCAGCUGUGGUGGGUCUGUGUGAAGGAGCGCAACCGUCUGGCGACCGAGAAGCUAGAGCGUGGGCGUCUAAAGGCGCUGUACGGCGACCACGAAGGAAAGCAGAGGGAUGAGGUUGUGCAGAAGACUAUGAAAGCCAUCAUCGACACAUUGGCCGAGAGGACGCAAGCCUACCAGGAGGCGCUCGCACUCGCCAGCCAGGAUCCGUCUAUCGAUCUCAGCAGGACAGACGGGCCGCAGUACACUCAGCUGCCUUAUGACCCAUUAGAGCCCGAGGCCUUUGAGGACGAGACGCCUGCCGCCGACACGGCGAAAGACACGGCAACCCAAUCGAGCGAGAAGCUGAAUCUAAGGGCAGCUUAGACGUGAACACUUGAACACCUUGGUCAGGUCGCAGGAACCUGGGCCAGGGCCAUCAACGGAGAUCAGACGCAACGUGGGAGGCCUUCACAUUCAACGCACGACUUCACGCGUUCAUCGGCGCGACUGCAUGCGAUGAAGGGGACAUGACAUGUGUUGAUAUAUCGAUGUACUAGACAGUGUACAAUACUUGGGCUAGACCAGGGGAUCGGUCGAUACGAGGACUCGAGAUCUGCUUCUCAGAGAGACGCAGCAUUUGUAAAAUAUCUGGCAGGGCGAGCACAUAGUUUUGAUGAAGGAGUCUGUGCUCUGGCAUAAAUGCAGGCCGAGUUGUGGAUAACUCUCUUGUGCCAGCUAUGUUUUGGAGAUGCUGCAUGAACGAGCCUCAAC